CUCUAACGUGACAGAAGAAGCAGCAGCAGAAGAAGAAGAAGAAGAAGGCUGAGAGGGUGAUAUUGAACCGAACACACACACACACACACACACCUCUCUCUACUGUAUCUUUACCUCAUCGUUUUCUGCAUGGACACGCGCGCGACACGACAUCUCAAAGCGCGUGCACGCCGUCAGUGGGAGACCGAGUGAGGAACCGGAGAGUGUGUUUUUUUUUUUUUUUGAUUUUUAAAAUUGCUAUUAUCACUAUUACGAAUUAAAUCCCAAUUUCUUCUUUUGAACACCAUCAGGACUGCGUUUGGAUGUUUUUUUGUUUUGUUAUUACCUUGAUACGGAUUUAACGCGAACAAGCCUGAGGAACCGGAGAGCGGAGCAGCCAUAUAUAUAUAUAUAAUCCUUUAUUAUUAUUAUCAGCAUUAUAAUAAUAAACACGGAUUUGGACCAUCGGAGGAGAUGUGCACAAGGUCGCAGGUCGCCAUGCUGAGAUAAUUAUUCUGGUUAUUAUUUAUGACUUGCGAUACAGAGAGCUAGAACACCCCCUCCCCUCCUUGCUUGUGCGCGUGCACGUGUGUGUGUUUGUGUGUGUGCGCGCGCGCGCGUGUUCCUUCUUCACGUUAUUUUAUUUCGCUCGACACGCUGCUUGGUCUGGUGUCUGAGAAGACUAAGGAGAAGAAGAAGAAGAAGCAUGGGCCUGGGACGUAAGUGACUCCAGACCCGAGUUUGUCUGUUGAUCCAUUAAAGGAGAAGGAAAUACAGGAAAAUAAAAAGGCUCUUCUCAGCGCUUCGUUCCUGCGGUUCCUCAUGCUCAGCGUGGACUCUCACCGCUCGGCUACAGGAUCAUGGAUGGUGUGGACGUGAGACUUCUCGCCUGUUGCCGCACGCGCUCGCCGAUCCGUGACCGCAUCCUGUUCUUUUACGUUUAUAAAAGAACUCCUCCUCUUCCGGGCUCGGGCCCUACGGAGCGCAUCUAUAACCGUUUAUAAGGACCACGCCAAACACUACGAGGCUCUCCUGAGAACCUUUUUAUUUUAUCUCCCAGACGUUUACAUUUUUUCGGAUUUAAUCCUUAUAUUGUCAUUUAUUUAUUUUUUGAUUUUUUUUUUGUUGUUGUGUGAAAAUGUCCCAUAAUCCUAAUAACGGCACGGAGUUUUUGGCUCCUCCACCCAAAAAUGUGAAUGGUUCAGGCUCUGAUUCCAUGCUCGGCGAAAAGCUGGGCGUCGAGGUCCGCCAUCGGCGCCACACCAUGGACAAAGAUCUCAAAACGGCGGAGCACCGUUUUUUCCGCCGCAGCGUCAUUUGCGACUCGAACGUCACUGCGCUGGACCUCCCGAGCAAAGCCUGCAUCCCUGCGUCUCUCCCGGACCACGAGUCGUCGACGCGCCCUUCGGGUUCCAGCUCGGAUCCCGGCGGAGUUCCGGAGGUCCGUACGGCCGUCGUAGUGGAGGAGCGCGCGGACGACGCGGCCGAAAGCCCCGACACCGGGAGCGCCGACGGAAAAGUCGAGCAGAUCCCAUGCGCACGGGAAGCGUUCCUCGUUCCUCGGAUUCGGAGCGAGAUCGUCGCCGUAGCCGCGAAACCCGAGGCGACGAGCGUCCCGGAAAAGGAAGGCGAGGCCGCGGAGAAAUGCGAGGAGGAAAAGGAGCUGGCGAAGGCUCGUGUGGAAGCGGAGCAAAGGGAGGCGGAGAAGAAGGAGCGAGAGGACGAGGAGGUGGAGACCAAAGCCGUCGGGACAUCGCCGGACGGACGCUUCCUCAAGUUCGACAUCGAGAUCGGACGAGGCUCUUUUAAAACCGUCUACAAAGGCUUGGACACCGAGACGACCGUGGAGGUAGCUUGGUGCGAGCUCCAGGACCGCAAGCUGUCGAAGUCCGAGCGUCAGCGUUUUAAAGAAGAGGCCGGGAUGCUAAAGGGUCUCCAGCACCCCAACAUCGUGCGCUUCUACGACUCGUGGGAGUCUCCUUCUAAAGGCCGCAAGUGCAUCGUCCUGGUGACGGAGCUCAUGACGUCAGGCACGCUGAAAACGUACCUGAAGAGAUUUAAAGUGAUGAAGAUCAAGGUCCUAAGGAGCUGGUGCCGUCAGAUCUUGAAGGGCCUCCACUUCCUCCACACCAGGACUCCUCCUAUCAUCCAUCGGGACCUGAAGUGCGACAACAUCUUCAUCACGGGUCCGACCGGCUCCGUGAAGAUCGGCGAUUUGGGCCUGGCUACUCUCAAGCGCUCUUCUUUCGCUAAGAGCGUUAUAGGUACCCCCGAGUUCAUGGCGCCUGAGAUGUACGAGGAGAAGUAUGACGAAUCGGUGGACGUGUACGCCUUCGGGAUGUGCAUGUUGGAGAUGGCUACCUCAGAGUACCCGUAUUCCGAGUGUCAGAACCCAGCGCAAAUCUACCGCCGGGUCACCAGCGGCGUGAAACCCAGCAGCUUUGAUAAGGUGGCCAUACCUGAGGUGAAGGAGAUCAUCGAAGGCUGCAUUCGACAGAACAAAGAUGAAAGAUACGCUAUCAAAGUCCUGCUGAACCAUGCCUUCUUCCAAGAGGAGACGGGCGUGCGAGUGGAACUGGCCGAGGAAGACGACGGGGAAAUGAUCGCAAUCAAGCUCUGGCUGCGUAUCGAAGACGCCAAAAAACUGAAAGGCAAAUAUAAAGACAACGAAGCUAUCGAGUUCUCCUUCGAUCUCCAUAAGGAUGUUCCUGAAGAUGUGGCCCAAGAAAUGGUUGAGUCUGGAUACGUGUGCGACGCCGACCACAAGACCAUGGCCAAGGCCAUCAAAGACCGCGUGUCGCUGAUCUGCCGUAAACGGGAACAGAUCAAGUUGGUGCGCGAGGAGCAGGAGAAGCGCAAACAGGAAGCCGAUCAACAGCAGCAACAGCUGAGCGACUCCCAGAAGAACUUGUAUUUCGGACAUCCAGGAACACCAGGAGCCACCCAGACUCCGUGCAGCCUCCAGCCACCCACUCCCGGGCCUGGACAGCUGGAACCAGAGGAGUGUGAAGCGGACCAGCACCAACCUCUCCAGUACCAGCCAGGUGCCAUCUCCUCUGAAAGUACGGUGGACAGCGGACAGGGUUCAUCCGUGUUCUCAGAGACACCGCCGAGUCAACUCAUGAUGUCCUAUAGCUCUCCUUCAGCGUCUCAUCAGACCCCACAGCAGCACCAUGUAUUCCCCCCCCAGCCCAUGCCGCAGUCUCUGGCUCAGCCGUUUGGAGCCGGAGGAGGCUCGGGUGCGUGCGAGCCGCCGCUUUCUUUCCCCUCUAUCCCCGAGCGUCCUGUCUCCUUCUCCCCGCCGCCGUCCUGCCCACCCAAAGGUUUCAACGUCCAACGCCGCAAGAGCACGUCCAUCUUAGAGGCGCAUACGCGCCACUUUCAGCCCACUUACCGCAGCUAUGGGAGCAGCCUCCACCCGUUCUCUAGCGUUGAAGCUCACGAGCAGUCGCACUUUCUGUUACCCACCGUGGCGGCUCAUAGACUGGCCGAGCACAUGCAGGCUUCGGCAGAGUCCUCGCACUGCUACAAGGACAUCCGGCUGGAGCAGGAGGAGACGGUGCGUAGACUGAGUCUUAACCAGGCUGUCCUGCUGGACCAUUUGGAGGCCAUGGCAUACAGUGGAUACCCGAUUACAGCACAUCAGCUCAACCAGCUCACCUUUCACCAGCAAAUGCAAGCUGCUGCUGCAAGUCUGGCGUACGAGAGCCCUCAGCCCAGCCCGGGUUACCUACAUCCACACGUCCCGAGUGUCAUGCGCCUCAACCACAGUCCCAUCCCUCAGUCGACACCCGCUAACGUGGCCCAAGAAUCCUGCUACCAGCCUCACCCGACAUUUCCUCAUUCUGCCCCACCGGUGCUGGCACACACUUCUGAUCCUGGCACUGCCUUCGAGUUCCAUAUGCACAACAUCCAAACAGAGCCGGGAACCCUGGCUGCCAGGAUGUACCGAGCCCGCCGUGGAUCCAUGGAGCUCAGUCUGGAGGACGCGUCAGGAAACGCAGGGCCUUGUAGUCGUCUACAGCCAGUCACCGAAGAACUCGGGAACUACACAAGCCCGGAGAUGCCCCUGCCUCCAGGAAGCCUGCUCUUGCUCCAUACUCAGAAAGAGCGUAGCCCGGAUCCUUCCAGCGAUUCCGUGACCUCGUCCGACACCGGAGACUUUCACUCGCCGCCUCUGCCGCACGCCGGACGCCCGGGUCUGGAUUCCUCGCUCGCUCAGUCCAUCCCUCAGACCACGACGCAGCUUUACACAUCCGAACGAGGGAGCGGAACAAGCGACGGCCAUCCUCCCACCCAUCACUCUUAUCUCUUCGUCCCACCGUCCGAGCAAUCGGGCUCUCACAUCAGCACUCUGCAGAGCAUCUGGGCCCGACAAACCGCCAUCCAGCCUGAGCUUUCCUACCACGAGUCUGCUCUGAGCCUACAGGGUUCUGCUUUGCAGGCUCCGCCUUCCCAGUCCGGUUCAGCUCAUCCUAUGGUCUCUACCAGUGCCCAGCCCACCCCCUGGAGCGAGCCGGUCAAUCCACAGUAUGGAGGUUACUUCAUCCCAGCAGUCCAUUCACAGGUGGUUCCACAGCAGGUUCCUCUAAACACUGCUUCUCAGCAGCCAAUUGCCUCAUUGGCUCAACAUCAGCAGCAACCUCCUGCACCUCAACCUGCCAGCUCCGGCUUACAAAGCAUCGCUCAAACACACAUUCCACCCGGGUCUCCAGCUGCACAGCGCGUUAGCGAGUCGAGUCCUCGGAUUGCGUCCCCAUCGCCAUGUGUGGAUCGUCUCUAUUUCCAGUUCCAGACGUCUCAGCUCGCUCUGGUGCAGCCGUCAGUGCCUGGCCUGGUCUUCGUGCCCCCUGUGUCAGUGCCCGCUCAACCUCUCCCACUAACAGUGACCCAGGGACAGCAGCCGCUCCUGGUGGUGGCUUCAUCGGUUCCCUCUUCUCCAGCACCGGGAACCGUACCACCUGCAUCUGUGCCAACAAUCUGUGUGGCCACCAUCCCCACCCCUACUGAGCAGCCCGGGCUAGCAUCAGACCCCCUGGCUCAGGCACCUCAGACCGGUUCCCAAUCCACAGAUGCGUCACAGCUCCAGGCCCCAGCGUUGCCCUGUGGAGUGGAAAGCAGCCACUCCGAUGUGGCGUCGGGAACGAGCGACGGAAACGAGGGCGUGAGCAGCGGCAGGCACGAGGGUCGUUCGUCCAAACGGCACCAGCGCCGAUCCGUACGCAGCCGUUCCCGCCACGAGAAGAUCACCAAAGCCAAACUGAACGUCCUCAAUAUCUCUCACAUGGGAGACAGGGUUGCAGAGUGUCAGCUGGAAACGCACAACAGGAAAAUGGUGACUUUCAAGUUCGACCUGGACGGAGAUAAUCCUGAGGAAAUCGCACAGAUCAUGGUCGAAAGCGAGUUUAUUCUGGAGAGCGAGCGAGAGUCCUUUAUCGAACAGGUUCGCGAGGUCAUCGAGACUGCGGAUGAGAAUGGUCUUGAAAGGGAAGGUAUUCAGACCGUGAGCAAUCCUGAAGAGCAGACGACCGCUCCGUACACACCUCUCCAGACAGGUCCUGGAGGAAAUACCGCUACACAGGUGGUGACCUCGGCAGGCCGCCGGUUCAUCGUCAGUCCCGUUCCCGAGUCCAGACUGAAGGAACAGUUCCUCAGCGCGGUUCAAGCCCCCGCUCCGAUUUUCGAGCAGCCCGCCGCACCAGCGGGACUGCUCGCGGCAGGGAUGUCUCAGUCCGCCUCGACGCUUUCCCUGCAGCAGGCGUUUGCCGAAAUGCGGCAGGGGCAGUACGACCCUGGGCCGAGCACAGCGCCCCCUACCCUCAACACCUCCCUUCCUCCACUGUUACCUGCAGUCAGCUCAUUGCCGCCCCCUUCCUCCACUACAAUGCUGUCAUCUCCACCACAGUCCUCCGAGUUUGCCGGCACCCCUCAGGCAGUCUCUUCCUUGUCCUGUUCUCCUCCUCCAUCACUCGCUCCUGUAGUGGUCUCCUUGCCUCCUCCUCAGAUGCCCCUGCCUGUCACUCAGCCUGUUGCGAGCAGCAUGCCCGCUCAGCCGUCCACAGGCCCAUCUGUGGUGUUUCCCCAGCCGGCCAUCCCUGUACAGUCUCCUAUCAGCACAGCAGUGCCGAGUAGCGUAUCUCCGCCGUGCCAACACGCUCCUGUUAUAAACAACGUGAGCGCUUUUCCUGGUGGAAUCGCAGAACAAACUUCUGUCGCUCAAAUCACCCCGAGCACAGCCGUUCAAACUCCUCAGCUCGCCGCUAGUGCCGUUGCCCCCCUCCCCGUCACCACCCCUUUGCCACAGGUGCCGGUCACUACCAGUGCCCCUGUUGUGCAGCCCACCCUGGUAAACAGCCAACCGCAGCCCUCCACACUGCCCAACCAGAGUCAUUCCCACUGCGCCGAGUGCGAGUGCGACUCUCAGAGCAAAACGCCAGGCAUCGACGACAUCCACGCGCUAGACAAGAAGCUGCGCUCACUCUUCGCGGACUUGGGCGCCGGUCCUCCUUCCGCCCAAACGGACGCCACUGCAUCGGAGCCGGCUGCUCCCGGCACAUCAUCCCCCACCACCUCCAGCACCAACCCUCUUCCUCCUACCAGCUUACCUCUGAGCUCUCCUAUGUCCACCCCGGUCACUAGCGCCACCCCCGGCAGCAAAACACCAAUAUCCCGCUUGCCGGUGCUGCCUGUCGGCUCAGAGCAGGCCGGCACGCCACCCACAGAACACCCACCUCUCUUCCCGGGACCUUGUCUAACUCAGUCCCAGCAGCCAUUGGAGGAUCUGGAUGCCCAACUGAGACGAGCUCUAAGCCCAGAGACGGUGUCUGUUAGCAGCACCACACAUCAGUCCUCUCAUGCUGGGGUGAUUCCUGGAGGACAGCCAGUUCCAUUUUUUCUUGAAGGUGAUCCGGGGGUUGUGUCAGCACCUGGAGGCUUCACCCUGGGUCGAUUUCAGGUGUCAUUAGCAGUUGAUGACCCUUCCCUGCUUCUUCCCACCACCUCCAGUGACUCAUCUUCCUCCACCUCCUCUACUUCAUCCUCUAAUCUCUCCAGUCCAGAGAACACACUGCACAGGGCAUCUUCUCCUCUGCAUGAAACCAGGUUUGACACGGUGGACGCUUUGCCCCCUGCACCCCCCAGCCAACCCACUACAAUCGGCCGCUUCCAGGUCACCACCAAGAGCGAAACCACAGUUGGCCGUUUCUCUGUGAGCCGAGCCUCAGAUGAGCCAACAGCUCCUACGCCUGUAGAGUCUCCAGAACCGUCACCACAGGGUUUCCAGACUAAAGGCAACGGCUCUGCGGUCAGUCCUGACGGCAAAAGUCUGAACAACUCUUUCAACUCGUACUUCAGCAGCGAUAACGACUCGGAGUUUGAAGACGAGGACUUCAAAAGGGAAAUCAGCAAGCUCCGCGAGAAGCACAUGAUCGAGAGUCAGGCGCUCUACGCCCGGCAGAAAGAGGAGAUCGAUACCCUUUUCGCCCGGGCCGGCAAAGUCCCCCCCGCCAUCAUAAACCCACCCGCCAUGAACCUGGCUGGCCGCCGGCGCCGACCCACCAAAAGUAAAAGCAGCAAGUCGAGCCGCGCAAGUUCUCAGGGCAGUAAAAGCCCGGUUCAGCCUGGGAGUACCACUCUAUCAACUCAAAGUGCACCCUUGGUAUACCCGGCCCAGCAGUCCAGCGGGUUGGGAGAGGCAGGAAGCAACCCCCUGUUUCAGGCUUUCAAACCCUCACCCUCCAGCGAGAACCUGUACUCAGCCUACACUAGUGACGCCACGCUGUCUGCCCCCAGUCUCUGUCUGCCCACGCAUGGCUGUGUAAAGUUCAGCUGUGGGUCGGAGAGAGUGACCUUCAAACCAGGUGGCAGAAGGACCCGUUUUCUGAGGAAGAUGGUGAAAAAAGUGUGCCCCUGCAACCAACUCUGUAGGACGAACAGCACAAACACAGUAGGCGGACCGGGCCAGGGGCAGAACCAAACGCAGCCACCGUCCACUGCGUCCCAGAGCCGCAAAGGCACCUUCACGGACGACCUGCACAAGCUGGUGGACAACUGGGCCAGAGACGCCAUGAACCUGUCGCAGGGCAAAAGAGGCUCGAAACCCCAGCAGCAGACCCCGUCUCAGGGCCACAGCUAUGAGAUGAUUCCUUCUGGAAGCAUGGCCCGCAAGUUCUCCGCUCCGGGUCAGUUGUGUUCCAGCUUAUCUUCAUCCAUGACCAACCCUCCUGCUACCUCUAUGGGGUCACGUAAAGGCACGCUUUGCCCUGCGCCUCAAUACGGCUUCCCCUCUGCACCUUACAGCGGCCCGUGGGCCAGUGUCUCGGCCGUGCACACUCAGGCCAUGGGCCAGUUUCCCCCGGCCCCAGGCGCUCUGCAGGCCUUCCACAUCAACUCGCUGCAGAAAUCAGUCAGCAACCCGGGAGGGAAUAAUUUAAGGACCACAUAAGGAUGGGUCUAGCCUGUUCUAGGCCAUGAGAAAGAGAAGAGAAGAGAAGAGAGAGAGAGAGAGAGAGAGAUGAACUGGUGGUGAGACUGGUGUGAGCUUAGGCACGUGUGUUGCUCUUUUUGGAAUCAAAGCCAGGGUUUGUGUACACGUAAACACACCUUGUGUGGAUGCAUCACUCCUGCACUUACUCUGGUCCACAAUGUUACGAGAAGGAAAGAGAGACGAUGGAAGCAAUGUGAAAGCAGCCAAAGAGCGGACAGUGACUUUUUUCUUUCUUCCUUUCUUUCUUUCUUUCUUUCUUUCUUUCUUUCUGUUUGAAAGUUUCAUGAACGUGUAAAGCGAUGUUGCUCCAGAGUAGCCUGGGGACUCACUCGCUAAGCUUGCCCUCACACCCUUUUAGCCGGCUGAGGUCCCUGGAACCGACGAUGGAAGAAGAGUUGAAAAGAAGGAAAAAAAAAUGAGGAAGUUGACGGAUUUUGUCGCUUCUCCGUUAGAAAACAUUUCUGCCGUUGUUUGGUAUCUGCUCUAAAGCUAUGUAAUGCAAUAAUGAUAAAAGUCAAUCAAAUGCCCUUUUUUUUCUUUUUUUUAAUACAGGAAGUGACCUUUAUUAGAAAAAAAAUCAAUUCUACAUGUAGAGCUUCUUUCUCUCUCUCUCUCUCGCGCUCUUUUUUUUUUUUUUUUUUUUAUAAAUAUAUUUAGGGGGAAAAAAUAAUUGGGAUUGUGAUAUUUUAAAAUUCUGUGGAUUUUUCACGUGUUUAGAGGCAAUUCAGCCACCCCUGUAAGUACAGUAUAAAACUCCCAGCAUGCUUUUUAGUGCACAGUUACGCAUACCGUCCACCUCCAUCUUUUCCUCUUGGGAGUUUUAUACGCCCCCAAAAAAAACGAUAAUGUAUACAGUUUGAGCACAGAGACUGGAGGUAAUGUGGUGAAGUGUUAAUGCUAGGUGAAGAUGGGUUUUGGUGGUGGGAGGGGGGGUUUGCCUGUCUGGCUUGUUCAAGCGAAGCUUUAUAUCUAUUAACAGCUUUUAUAAUCGUGAGCGCAUUAGGGACCUCUUUACGACUGGUUGCUCUCUUUUUUUUUUUUUUUUUUUUUAUUGUAUGUUUAAAUGAGAAAAGUUGUGUUCUGUACGGACCUGUAUUUAUCCAUCAGUUAUUGAUGUUGAAACACUGUGAUUUAUUAUAAAUGUUGUUGGACAACAUACGUUUAAAGCAAUGGUAGAAAAAGGGUGGAAAGAAUAAGGAUUUCUUGGUAUUAGGUAACAGGUGAUGUAAGGCUAGCUAUUACCUUAUUACAGAAAUUAUUGGAGACACUUUAACCCCACCCCCACCCUCUUUUUACCCCUCCCUGGCUCGGUCUUUGUACCGCUUUCAUUGUAUUAGAUAAAUGUGAAUGUAUAACGGUUUCAUUUAACCUACUUGAAUAUUCCCCCCUUCCCUUCUUUUUUUUUUUCUUUUUCCUCUCCAGUGAGUGGACUGGAGAUUCUAGUGCCUUGCUUCUUUUAUGUUCCCUUUUGCUACUUUUUUUUUUGCUUUGUAAUUGAUCUCAUGGCAGCAGAGGCGCGUCGGGGGCCUGGUCAGGUGUUCGUGUGAGGGUCACUGCUAUGAACAGAAUCGGAUAUUCCGGUUAAUGUAUCGGUGUAAAGAUUAACAAUGUUCUGGUGAUGUGUAUAUAUAUAACGUGUUACUGUGUGUGUGUUGGGGGUGUUUAAACUGUUUAUAGUGUUACAAUCUAAAAGCUUUUGGCCUGCACUAGACUUGGGAUAUAUAGAUGUGGAUGUUAAUGUUCUCAGAUCAGUUGACACACACCCCGCCACCCUCUUUUAAGGACCUGUGUGUUUAUAAUCGGCACAAGUACGAUAAAUCCUGUAAGAUAGCAACAACAUCGAGACUGAAAUUAUUGUUAUAACAAUGAGAAUCGUUUUUGACAGUAACAGUGGGACCAAGUGAGGGUCAUAUGCCCCAACUGGUGACCAUUGGCGUUUUUUUGGGUUGCUGAUAAAAAUGCUUUGGCGUUUAACACCAAGUCGAUGAUGGCAAUAUUUCUGGCGGGAAUUCCUCUACAAAAAUCAUUUGUUGGUGAUCUAGCAUACUGCAUGUUCUCCAGCUAGCUGUUUAGUUGACACAGGAGCUCUAACUCAAGAUAGAGAAGUGUAAGAGGGUUCUGCAGGAGGUAAGCAAGAACACUGAGCUACCCCAUGUUGUAUACUGUGUCCCAUAUCAAAGCUUUUGUUUUUUGUUGUUGUUUUUUGGCAUAGACAAGCCGUCUGGGUCCGCGCUCACAGGAAGUACGGUAGCCUUGUGGAUGAGAAGUGUCCAGCUCGGGGAAGUAAGUCGAGAGAAGCUGGUAGAUGGAGAGGAAUUUCAGAUUACUAAUCUAUCAUUUUCAGGGUUGGGAUUCUGUCUGCAUCUCUGUCGUACCAUUGAGGAGAAGAUGAAAGUCGAGUUCAAUAGUAGAACCAGGAAAGGGAAUGUGUGUAAUAGGUGGGACCCGGGCACCACGAGACCGCCCUCUGCUGCGCCGCUUUCCUACUUCCCCUGCCCAUUAACUCAUUCAGUUUUAUUGUAUUAAAAAAAAAAAAAAAAACUGCCUUGUGCUUUCCAUGCAGAUCAGUAGCUUGUUUUAAAGGUCUUUCUAUCAGUAGCAAGAUACCACUUUCAGCAAAAAAUCAAAAGCCCAAGCAGAACAACGGGCUUGUGUAGAACUUGUGCGUAGACUUUAUUCACGUCCAACAGAAAAAAAAACAAAAAAAAAACAGCAGCUUUAGAAAUCCAUAGAGCGGCAUAAGCAUGCCACAAAGGCGUAGAGCAGUGAACCUCGUCGUCAUUAGCUACCGAUCGCCGAUAGUAGCUGCUAGAUUUACACGCCAUUGCCUUAAAGCUUAGCCGUCUGCAUCUGGUACAGGGGGAAAACAAAAACAUCCCGUUCAUUAAUAGUCUAUAACUACGAAACAGAUUCACCUUUUACACUCUGUCGCUCUUUCUGAUGUUUAAAAACCUGGGUUUCACUGCUUUAUCUGUAAACUCGAGACCACAGUGAUAAUUAGUAUGGGUUUUUUCCGUUUCUUUCGUCGUCGUUUUUUUUUUUUUUACGUUAAAUUUGCAUUCGAACGAAACCCACACGACUAGAAUGCGAGUGCCAUCCUUACAUUUCCCAUGAGUUGUAGUUUGCUACGACACGAACCCGAGCACCUUGUUUACCGUUUAGAAAAGUGAUAUAUUUAGUAGAAUAUGCAAUAUAUCUAAUAAUGGGAUACACUGGGUAGAGACCAUGUCCCUGGUUUACUCCAGUAGUGAGGAGAAUUUACUGAAUUCACACACGUUAUUACUCCAUUAUUUAAAAGUACAUCACUUUUUUUUUUGUGUGUGUUUGGAAUGUAGACACUGCUUUUAUUUUUUUUACAUAUUUGUUUACAUCUUCACCAUCCAACUCAAAAACCCGCCACUUAGCAAAGUGCCAAUAUGCAGAAAUUGGGGUUCACUGCACCACCUGACACAUUCAGAUUCAGUAAACAUGCUCGUCGGUUCAUCAGUGAUCUUUUACCUUCACAGCGGUCUCCUGCGUCAUUUAAAACCAGUUUUCAUUUUGUCUCCUGUUGACAGAAAUAUAUCCGAACAGUGUGUUUACUUAAUGCUACUGACCUGUCAUUAAGUUAUUUUGUUUUGUACUACUAUCUGACUUUUUUGUUUUACAUUGUCGUGUCUCUGCCAUUUAGUGACUUCAGUUCUGUGAUUUAUUUUUAUUUUUUUCCUCCAUUCACUAUUUAACAUUGUGAAAAAUGUCUUCAAAAAAAAGUUGAAUAAAAUAAAAACAAAACAAAAAAAAACUUAAUGAAUCCUUGGCAGCGUUGAACUGUUUAAUGGUUGUUCGCUUCGUAUGAAACCGCAAUUUGCGCUUUAAUAAUAUACGAUUUGUUACUUAAUUUAUAAAUUGAAUAAAUGAAAAGCGUUUAAAUAAA